ACUGAAAAAUGAAGAGAAACAGGGUCACUUGUCCCCCCACACUUCUCCGAGCUUCAGUUCCGACUCCCGAGCUCUCGAACCCAGAUGGCAUCCUCCUCACCGGAACCCGCCGCCGCCGCCGAAGCCGACGGCUCCGUCCAAAUCCGUCGCCUAGAGAUCGCCGACCGAGAGAAGGGCUUCCUUUCCCUCCUCUCGCAGCUCUCCUCGUGCCCGGACCUCACCGCGUCCCAGUUCGCCGGGUGCUUCAACGACCUCGCGGCCCUCGGCGACGACCACGUCAUCCUCGUGGCCGAGGACCCCUCCGCCGCCCCGGAACAGCGGAUCCUUUCCACGGGGUGCCUCUUCGUGGAGCGCAAGUUCCUCCGCGGCUGCGGCAAGGUGGGGCACGUGGAGGACAUCGUGGUCGACGCCGCCGCGCGCGGGCGAGGCCUCGGGCUCCGCGUCGUGCGCCGCCUCGUGGAGAUCGCGAAGGAAGCAGGCUGCUACAAGGUCAUCCUGGACUGUACCCCCGAGCUGCGCGCGUACUACGCCAAAUGCGGCUUCGUGGAGAAGGGGAUUCAAAUGGCCGUGUACUUCUGAUCCUUAGGAAAUACAUGGCUUAUGGUUGAGGAUACUAUAUCAAUAGCUGAUACUAUUGUUUCUGACAUACAUCCAAAAAAUUCUUACAGUCGAUGACAUGCCCCUGAAACCUGGUGCUGUGGUUUUUAUGUUACUGAAUUGCAAAGCUUCCUAGGAGGCUGGAGCAAUGUAUUCUGUCAGAGAAACCAACUUUUAUCAUAAAAUGUGGUGAGAAGGGAAGCGGAAUUGUGGAAACGACGGCAUCAAAUCACAAUGGAUCAUAUGAUUUCAUGUUUAACCGAUAGUUUUAGGUUUCACCCCAACUGCCUGUGUGCCCACCAGGAUGGAGUCUCGUUGACCUGGUUUACCAAUGGUUGCGAACUUGUAAUCUUUUUUACUUGUGGAAGACUUGAAGGGGAUCGAUUUCAUGAUGAGGCGAUGGCUAUUUUCAUAGCUAAAAGGAUUCCAGAACUGUCGCAAUACGGAUGUGAAGUAGGGUUUGGAAGACAAGUGCAUCUUAAAUCAUAUUACUGGUUACCAAAACCAAUUAAGAAU